AAAAAAAUUAAAGAGGAAAAGCUAAGAAAGAAGGUUUCUAAACAAUAACACACCAACCAUCACUUGUAUUUCCUUUGUUUCUCUAGUUAGCUUUCCCUUUCCCCUUGUCUCUUCUUUUUUCUAUAUUUGACUUUUGUUUGGUUUCGAUUGUGAAAUUUCAGUUGAAGAAGCUCUGCAUACUUAUCGUAGGCCGGCGAGAGAAAAUGAGCUUGGUAGGGAGACAGAUGGCGAGAUCUAAUUCGACCGCUUAUCAUCAACGGCAAUACUCCGAUAACUUCCCCGAAGCGUCGUUCAACGCCAAAUGGCUUCAGUCCUCCAAUCUCCCUUCUUCUCAGGAGUUCGGUUUCUACGGCGGAGGAAGAAUGAACAGGAAGUCACCGGAGCCGGGGACGCCGCCGCUUUCUUCAAGGUCGUCGAGCUUGAGGAAGAACAGCGAUGAAUACGUGUCCCCGAGUGAGCUCAGCUCCGGUUUACUGGAUCUUCAUUCAUUUGAUACUGAGCUGCUUUCCGAGGUUCCUAAUCUGUACGAAGGAUACGGGCUUCAGAAACCUAUUCGUGGUAAAAAAUUUGAUGAUUCUGAGCCGUAUGUAUCUACCAUUAAACUUCCAAACAGGCCACUAGGAAUGGCUGAGAAUAGCCUUCUCAAAAGCAUUGCAGUAGAUAAAGAAAGAUCUAACAAUGUUGCCAAGAUUAAAGUCGUGGUGCGCAAGAGACCAUUGAACAAAAAGGAAAUAGCAAAGAAAGAGGAAGAUAUCAUCACUAUAGAUUCCAGUGCACUAAUGGUUCAUGAAAAAAAGCUAAAGGUUGACCUGACAGAAUAUGUUGAGAAGCAUGAAUUUCUUUUUGAUGCAGUGCUGAAUGAAGAUGUUAGCAAUGAGGAGGUGUACUCAAAGACUGUGGAGCCAAUAGUUCCUCUAAUUUUCAAUCGAACAAAAGCAACUUGUUUUGCAUAUGGGCAGACAGGAAGUGGAAAGACUUAUACUAUGCAGCCACUGCCUCUAAAAGCAUCUCAAGAUAUAUUUAGAUUAAUGUACCAUACAUAUCGGAACCAAGGGUUCCAACUCUUUGUCAGUUAUUUUGAGAUAUAUGGGGGAAAAGUCUUUGACCUCCUUAAUGAUAGGAAAAAGCUUUGCAUGAGAGAAGAUGGUAAACAACAAGUAUGUAUUGUGGGUCUUCAAGAGUACAAGGUGUUGGAUGUUCAGACAAUCAAGGAGUUAAUCGAGAGAGGAAAUGCUACAAGAAGCACUGGCACUACUGGAGCAAACGAAGAGUCUUCAAGGUCACAUGCUAUUCUUCAGCUUGCCAUCAAGAGAUCGGCUGAUGGCAGUGAAUUGAAGCCUGCUAGACUUGUUGGGAAACUUUCCUUCAUAGAUCUUGCUGGAAGUGAGCGUGGUGCUGAUACAACUGACAAUGACAAACAGACGAGAAUGGAAGGUGCUGAAAUUAAUAAAAGUUUACUUGCUUUAAAAGAAUGUAUCAGAGCUCUUGACAAUGACCAGGGUCACAUUCCGUUCAGAGGAAGUAAGCUGACUGAAGUUCUUAGAGAUUCAUUUAUGGGUGACUCACGAACUGUUAUGAUAUCAUGUAUUUCUCCGAGCUCAGGGUCAUGUGAACACACCCUGAAUACACUCAGAUACGCUGAUAGGGUGAAGAGCCUAUCGAAAGGGAAUAACUCCAAGAAGGAUAUGCUACCUUCGUCAUCAAAUCUUAGAGAGUCAACUGCAUUGCCCUUAUCUUCAUCUUUACCGAGUGAUGCAUUUGAGGAUAGCAUAACUGAUAUUCCUUUUGAAAAGAACAAAUAUGGGUGGUCCAAACCGACUGAAAGAGAUAUAUCUUUUAAAAUGGAUUCUGUUCCUAGUGGAAGAGAUACAAAUUUGGCUGUACCAUAUUCAGAUUAUGUGAAUGGUCAGAGAGGUGGACUAAACAGCAUGACCGAGGAUGAUUUUGAUUACUUUGAGGAGACAUAUGAGCAACCAAAGAUGUUGCAGAAAAGAAAAGAUGAUUUAACAAAGCUUGUGGAUCCUUCAACCUUUGAUUAUAGCAAUUCAGAUGAUGAUUUAAGUGCCCUGCUAAAGGAAGAGGAAGAUCUCGUAUCUGCUCAUCGAAGGCAAGUUGAGGACACAAUGGAGCUUGUCAGGGAGGAAAUGAAUCUGCUAGUUGAAGCUGACCAAGCUGGCAAUCAGCUGGAUGAUUAUAUCUCUAAAUUAGAUACCAUUCUCUCACAGAAGGCUGCAGGAAUCGUACAACUGCAGGCGCGCUUGGCACAAUUCCAAAAACAUUUAAAGGAUUCCAACGUGUUAGUAUCUUCAGGCAAUUGAUGCCCACAGAGUAGAGGUGGUGAAGCCCAUUAUAUACCUUGGAGUGAUUCAGUCUGAUUGCUGAUUCAGACCUGCCUUUGAUUUGAUGAUUUCUUCCUUGAUGGUGAGGGCUUCGUCUAAUUCUCCGGGUAAGUAACCGUCGUGACUCCAUAUAAUAUAUUUAUAAGCAGUGCUUCUCUCUUGGAUAUAAAUAAAAUGUGUAAAACUUAUACCCCUUCGUUCUCAUUUUACUUUUUUUUUUUUGGGGUCCUGUUUUUCUCGUUUUGCGCCGUAUUGCAUUAUUUUACUGAUUCUAAAUAUCGGAAUGCACCGAAAUCAUGAAUCAUCUGUUUUGUUCUAUUCGAUAGCCAUGAGUCUGUAAACA